AUGAAUUGGUUCAAACAGCAGUUAGCCAACGUCGUUGGCACCGAGGAACCCGAAUAUGGCCCUACAGCGGUGCAACCUGUUACGAAGCAGACACCGCCCUACUCGAUCCUCAAAAAGGAAGAUUUGCGGUGGAAGGCCAUGGAACAGACCAACGUCGAGACCGAAACCUUCUACUUUUACACAGACGAAGGUGUUACAGCCAUGGCCCAGGUCAUAUACAGCAACGUCGGUGGCCUCCAUACCACCGCCCAGUUUAACAGCAAGAUCUUCGAUCAUGAAGGACCUGGAAAGCAUCAAUGGUGCUCUGACCCGCUGAAGGAUUACGGCUUCGAUGAGCCACAGACCAGCUUCUACGCGGACGGCGUGGCUCUGGAAAUGAACGACGCAGGAGAUGCAUACACAAUUAAAUCAGCCAGAAAUGAACAAUGCGUUGUCAAUAUAACACUGAAAAGGCAAGCCCCAGGUUUUCAAGUUGGCAAAGAUGGCACUACGUACUUCGGGACGGACCCCGCUCACCCAUGGGGGUCGAUGCGACAUGCCUUCUGGCCUCGGUGCACAGUGACAGGCACCAUGCAAACACCCACCAAGACGUACAAGAUGGAGGGCAAGGGUACCUACAUCUAUGCUCUUCAAGGCAUGAAACCCCACCACUUAGCAAACAGAUGGAAUUUUGCCAAUAUUCACACGAAGGGCUAUUCUGCGGUCUUGAUGGAGUACACAACACCCCAAUCCUAUGGCAAAACCACAGUCGGUGUAGGCGGCAUUGCCAAAGACGGGCAGCUAGUGUGUGUCGGUGAAUGUACCGCUGAGCAUCUUUCAUCCAAGCAAGAAACGCCAAACGACUGGCCUGAGCCAACAACCAUAGUAUGGAAGUGGAAUGGCCAGGUCGAUGGUAAGCCUGUACACGCGGAAGUAAAGGGCGAUCUGCCCACACGAUCGGAUCGGAUUGAGGUUCUGGCGCAUUUGCCAGGGUUCGUCAAGACCUUCAUAGGCGCUGCAACAGGCUUGAAGCCACAUAUCUUCCAAUACUUCUCGACCGACAAGUUGCAGCUGAAAAUCAAAGUCGACGGGGAAGACGAGGUCUCGGAGGCUGGCAGGGUCUUUUCUGAAGCCACCUUCAUCUCCUAA